AUGAGCGGGGUGCGCGCGGCCCGAGCCCGGCGAGCACGUCUCUGCAGAUGGCGGGCUGCGGGAGCACGCAAGAAAGCGUCGAGACAGAUGCGUGACGCAGCGCGCAGGACCGCCCCCCCGUCCCGCGGUGCGUGCCGCGCCCCGCGGUCUCGCUCCGCGCGACACAUCUCACAGAACACAUCGAUAAUCGCGUGGUGCGUGAGCCCGCUGCGGCUCGGACUCGGGGAGGUAGUGAGCAGCGCGCGGCCGGCGUGUGCCGGUGCAGGCGGUGCGUGGCGCGCGCGUGGCGCGGGCGGGGCGCGCGCGUCGGCCCGGGCGCCAGUCGCUCGGAGGCAGGCGGGCGGCUCGCGUCGCCCUGCGCUCUCUCACUGCACCGCUGCAACGCUGCGCUCGCGAACUCGUGACAAGGUACGCGACGCGGCACCACACCGCACGCUGCACAUGUUACACAUCACACUCGAACAUUUUUCAUUCAUCACUUCGUAG